AUGUCUUUGAACACAUUUUUGGGAACAAUAUCCAAGAUUAAAUAUGGUGAUCGAAUUAAUGCAGUGUGGCACGAUUUGGUGGAUAAUUACAAAGAGUGGUUUAGUUAUGCGCAUAGCCCCGAGGAUAUCCAGAAACUGAAGCGAAUUCUCAAGUGGCGUUAUCUUCACAAUGUCCAAAAGGUCCUGUACAAUCAUAUUAAGUAUCAUAAAAACGACAUUGACGACGACAGUUCCUCAAUAGGAAGCAGAAGGUCACAAAUUCGCAAUAACUUUGUUUCUUCUACUAACUUGGGCUCUUUGGGAAUUCCUAAAAGGUUAUCCCAUUUAGACACUUCCUCGACAAAACCUAUCCACGAAACCUUUGUACGGUUGCAAAUGGAGGCCUUAAGAUCAAGGAAAUUUGACAAGGACCUGGAGCGAAUGGGAAACAUGAUUAUGCACAGGGAAGUGCCUACAAAACCAGGUGAUCUCGAAAUCUUUAAAAGAUAUAAGUAUGAUCCUCAGCACUUCAACGUGCUGAUAUUAUCUCAAGGGAAACCCAUCUCGGAUGAAAAAUUUGAGGAAAUGCUUCCGGUUUUAGAGCGAAAUUUUCAGUACAUAAGCAAUCAAUUGGUAUUGCAAUCGAGACAAAGAAGGAUACGAAAAAUGAAGGCUAAAAACGAGACCCGACUAGCAGAAGCCGAGGUACUAUCAAAAACUUCAUUUGAAAGCUGUUAUACUGAACGUACGGACUUUACCGCAGACUUUGUUGCGAAAAGGCGGGAGAUUUUGGCAGCCUACAUUGCCAAACUGGAAAAGACGCCGACUGAAAUACUCCUGGCAAAAAUCCGUAAGCAGAAAAAAAAAGAUCAGCUUGCCAAAAAAGCGGAAGAACGAGCGCAGCGGAAAGAUCAAAAUCGCAAGGCUCCAAAAAGGAGGAGAUCGCUAAGUGCGCUAUUCAGGGCUCCAAGACAAACGCACCGUGAACGACAGGCUCUCCAGGACAUCCAAGAGGAGCAGGAGGAGGGCAGGAGUCCAAAGUCUUCGGCUACAUCAAUGUGUUGCCAUCGGUGCAGCAAGUGCGGAUUGAUUUGGAUUGAUAACUGCUCCGACGAAUCCACCGAAGGAACAGUGGAUCAUAUCUGUCCAGCUUAAAAACAAAAAUCAAUACGCAUUGUACCAUCUUCAAAAUAAUCAUAUUGUAAAUGUCAUCUUAAAAUAAAAAUAUAAGCAAAUAAAUAUUCAUGACUUUUUAUGAUUUGGUUACUUAAGCGUACGCUGGUACUAAAAAUCUCUAUUAUGAUUCACUAUGUUUCGAGCGAAACUUGCUCUUCAAAUUCAUAAAAAAUUUUAAAGGACAUAUGAAUAUUUAUUAAUUUGUUUUGGUAUACGUU